GCUGCGCGAUCGCGUGGAAAUGAGCUUGUUCUCGAUGGUGAACAAUUUUUUUGACGUCUAAUUUUCUCCGCAACGAUGGAAAUAUUUUCUCACAAGUGACUUGGAAUUUUUCACUUAUAACCAUGGAUGCAGUGCGGCUGUUUAAUAAUGAGCUCUCCAGCCUGUACGAGAGCAAACCGCCCAUCUCCAGGGCCAAGAUGACCCAGGUCACCAAGAUGGCCAUCAAAGCCAUCAAGUUCUACAAGCAUGUUGUGCAGAGUGUGGAGAAGUUCAUUCAGAAGUGUCGACCAGAGUACAAGGUGCCAGGCCUGUACGUUAUCGACUCCAUUGUCAGACAGUCUCGACAUCAGUUUGGACCCGAGAAAGAUGUCUUUGCGCCACGCUUUGCCAAGAACAUCGUCAACACCUUCCAGUUCCUCUUCAAGUGUCCCCCUGAGGGGCGGGCCAAGAUUGUCCGUGUGCUCAACCUGUGGCAGAAGAACUCUGUCUUCAGUGCCGACAUCAUCCAACCCCUGCUGGACAUGGCCAACCCAGAGAAAGCUGCUGCCGUUGAGGCUACGGUAGCUACCCCUGCUGUGCCCAAGCACGACAAGCCGGACGUGAAGGCAUGGCUGUCCCAAGCCACUGAGCCGAAAGGAGGGAAGGCCGAAGCGCCAGCCAAAGACGACACCCUGUCCACCGUCCAGCAGAUCCUGCAACAAACCCAACAGCAACAGAUCCAACAACAGCAGCUGCAGCAGUUACAGCAGCUGCAGCAGCAGUUGGAGCAGCAGAAGCAGGCCACAGACAUGUCGGCCAGCGGCGGCAACACAGGGCUGGUGCUGGACAGUCACCUGGUGGAGCAGAUCCAGACGCUGACCGCCUACCUGUCCACGCUGACCGGCAAGGUGGCCGGAGGCAGCGGGGGCAGUUCCAGCAGCAGCAGCAGUAACAAUGCCGCUGCUGGAGGCAGCAGCAGCGCCAGCAACAGCAAGCCAGUGGAGAGUAGUAAGCCGGCAGUGCCCACACCGGUCCCGGCGCCCAGCACCGAGGCCAAGGCUCUAGGCUUCAAUAAAGCUCUCCUUGAUUUUGACUACGGCGACGAAGAGGAAGAGGAGACUAAAGAGACGCACCCAGUGGCCGUCCCACAGCCCAAGGCAUCGGGCAUGGAGCCCAACGUGCAGGCCGUGCAACGGCUGACCGAGGAGCUGAAGAACGCCCAGAGCCAGCAGGAGUUCCUCCGCCAACAGCUGCGGCAGCAGUCUGGGAUGCCGGCCAUGCCUCCUGGCUAUGCCAAGAUGAUGCAGCCACCAGAGCCCGAGGCGCCACCAGAGCCAGCCGCCGAUGUGCCGGCCGUCAAGCAGGACACAGCAGACGACGAGGAGAUGCUGCAGAUGCAGAAGCUGCAGCAGGAGGCCGCGGCCAUUGAAGAGCAGCAGCAGCAGCGCCGGUCGGGCCGACGACACCACGAGAACGACGACCAGGAGGAAGGAGAGAUCGUGUCGUCCCACAAACGGUCCCGGCACCGCGACAGAAGCAGGCAAAGAUCCCGAUCUCGGUCACCCAAGAGGAGACGGUCACGCUCCCGGUCCCGCUCACGGUCGGGCUCCCGGUCACGAUCCCGUUCCAAGCGGAAGAAGCGGUCGCGCUCACGCAGCCGGUCACGGCGCUCCAAGAGGUCGCGUUCCCGGGACCGGCACGAGAGGAGGCGGGAGCGGGACGAGGAGGAGCGUAGGAAGGAGAAGGAGAAGCGGGAGAUGGAGAGGGAGAGAGAGAAGAAGGGCCUGCCUCCGCUCAAAGAGAAGCAUCUCAGCGUUUGCACCAAGACACUCUGGGUUGGGCGGCUGCCUAAGCUUGGGGCAGAGACCGAACUGAGAGCUUAUCUUGAAGACUUUGGACCCAUUGCAAAAGUUGAUCUGGUUCCUCCCAGAGGAUGUGCUUACGUCUGCAUGGAGAACAGACUGGAUGCCUACAAGGCCCUGGAGAGGUUGCGGAGAGGCAAGAUGUUUGGAAACUCUGCCAAGAUUGCUUGGGCUCCCGGAAGGGGUGUGAAAGAGUACAAGCAAUAUAAUGAUUUCUGGGAAGUGGAGAAAGGCGUGACCUAUAUACCGUGGGACCAUUUGCCUUCAGAAGUGGACCUGAAUGAGUUAUCCGAAGGAGCGGCCAUUGAUGAGGACACCCUUCCGCCUGGAAUGAAGCUUGAGUUGCCAGUUGAAGAAGUUGUUGAGGACACGCCAGCACCAGGAGUAACUCAGCCUUCCCAGAUCAUCGCAACUGCCGUGGAGAGCCAGCCUUCACCUGCCAGCAUCAUGAUACCUGGCCUGAGUUUAGUGAGACCUAACAUGGCACAGCCCUUAACCACCAUAGACCACGCAGUACCAAACACCCUUCAGGCCAUGCCUAUUGGGGCCCGAAUACCCGGCCCAGCUCCACCCACCUCCAGUCAGCCACAGGCUGUGGUUCCCCCCGCCAGGCCUGAGAUGGUCCGUAUGCCCGUGUUCCAGACUGGCAUGUUCCCUCCUUUUGUGGGAUACAGUCCACAGAUGCCACCACCGCCAGGUUUCCGCUUCCCACCUGGUUUCCAAGCCCCACCUACCACAGCUAACACCCCUGUGAGUGCUGUCCCACCAUCAGGUGUGCCUCCACCUUCACUAUUUCCCAGAGGAGUUCCACCUCCUACUAGCCAACCAGGCCUACCAGGAGCCCCUGCUGUGAAAGCAGCUGCCACUGCUGACUCUAACAAACCAAGCACAAGUGACGACAAGCCUGACUUUAAAAUCCCGGGACUUGGCGGAGAUCCUGUGUCCAUUAAAACACAGGAAAGCCCAUCCCAUCUGCAAGGCAUGCCACUGAUAGGGGUACCACGUCCAGGCUUCCCCAUUUCUGGGGCUGCUCUGCAGCGUAACAUGCAGCAACUAGGGGGCACCCCAACCAGCCUAAUGGGAAUUCACCCAGGAGCCCUGCCACCAGGAUUCAGCCAAGACAUAAGGCUAGGAGUGCAGCCACCCAUACUGAGGCCACCUGGGCCUGUUACCGUUUCACAACCAGAGAAUAGUAACUCUGAUCCAGCCAAACAGGCUAAGAAUGAUGAAGGCAGACCAUCGACAUCUGGGGCCAACGAGAAGGGUGAUAUGGGACCACCACAAGGUAUUUUUGCAGUGCCAAAGCCGCCAACCUCACUUCCCAGUAAAAUCAAAGAUUAUUUGGGACAGAGAGUCCCCUCUCCAGGAAUGCCCAUCAUGCCCAGUAAGAAGGAUGUUGACAUGAGGGAAGAAAAAGUACCCUUGACUGGUGCCAAUCACUUGGAAGGGGGCUCUGCUACCGGUAACCCUGAUCAAGAUAAGAUGGGACAUCGUCCUCCAAUGUCCCAAGAGCAUGUCCUCCCCGAUGGCAGUCGAUUCCCUCCUGGCAUGCGUCUGAUGAGACCAAUCAUAGGUAUCCAGGGGCAGCCACUGAUACAGAGAGCCGUCGCCCCAGGAUUCCGGAUGAGACUUCCAGGACCAGGACAGCAGUUUGCCAUGCAGGGACAGGUGAUUCGCAUCCCAAACCAAGGGAUGCAGCCAGGCGGUCCGCAGCUCCAGAUGAUGGGGAUGAGACAGAUCCAUCCAGGAAUGAUCGGAGGGUCUGUCCGAGGCAUGAUCCCACCUCAGGGGAUAGCUACCUCUGGAGGAAUUCACAGGCCAGGAGGUGUGGCUCCACCUGGUGGAAUGCCUCAACCAGGUGGAAUGCCACCUCCUGGAGGAAUGCUUCCCCAAGGCAGUUUGCAGCCUCCUCAAGGGGGAAUUCCUCCCCGUGGAGCCAUGCCCCCACCAACCGGAGUGCCUCCAAACAGCAGACUACAAGCAGCCAGAGGCAACCAGGGGGGACAGCAGGAGGCAGAAACUCGUGAGCCGUUCCAGCCAGGCAUGAGAGGCAGACCUCCUCAGAUUGAAGGGGGUCGGGUAGACAGUGAGCGCAACCAGGAUGCAGUACCCGAGAGGAGCGGAGCUGGACGCAGUCGAUGGGGACCUCCUGUGCCUCCUGCCGCUGAGAGAGACCGGAUGCUACCUGACCGAGGCAGACCUGCCCCAGAGCCCUUGAUUGGGAAAGGAGACAAGGAUUUUAGUGAGAGGGAUGUUGACAUGCGAGAGAGGAAAUGGCCAGAAAGGGGAUGGCAUGAUCGUGACGAUCGGGAGAGAGGUGGGAUUGGAAUGCGUGACCAGGAUUGGAGGAUGCCACCUGGUGGACCAAGAGGGCCAGAUUGGAGCCGAGACCGAGAUGACCGAGGCUUUUUGCGGCCUGAUGAUAGAGAUAUACGACGGCCAGACUUUGGCAGGGAGUGGAAACGACCAGGAGACCGAGACAUGGAGAGGGACCAUUUCCGUCCAGACCUGGACCGCGGCCGGGAAGCAGAGAGGAACCUAAGAGAGCGGGAACCAGACAGAGGUGGUUUCCGGGAUCGUGACCGGGACUUUGGACGAGGAAGGGAUAGGGAUCGUGAGAGAGAUUUUGACCGAGACAGCUUUAGGAACCGUGACAGGGAUAGGGAUCGUGACUGGAGAGAUCGUGACCGCGAGAGGGAUAGAGAUCGCCGGGAUCGUCGUGAUGACAAACCACGUGAAGGAACCAAAGAGCAGAUGGCAGAUGACAAAAUUGUGCCGCAAAAGAGUCAACAACCUUUAGAUUCAAAUCCACAACAAUCCCCGAAGCCCUUACUGAGCCCACCACCCAGUGCCCAAACAUCAACUGGAAUUCUAAGAAAACCCUCAGAAACAGCUCCUCAAGAAGCCACUAGUAAGCAACAAACUCCUGAAGCUGGUGGGUCGGCACUCCCGGUUCCUGCACAGGCUGCACCCCCGGUUCCUGCUCAGGAUGCACCCCCGGUUCCUGCUCAGGCUGCACCCCCAAGAUCGCCUCAAUUUCCAGGACUGCCCUCGGCCCCCAAGGAAGAGCCCACAGCAGCCGCUGCUGCACCAGAGCCCCACAAACUCAAUCCCCUUGCUGAAGCCUUUGUGCCAAGCGGUGGUGAAGAGCCAUCAAAGGCCAAAUCCCCCAAGGGACUCUACGCAGAUGUCCCAGACCCAGUACAAUCGCAAACACAGUCACCUCAGCGUGCACAGGUUUCUGAAUCAGAGCAGCAGAACAAUGGCCCCAUGGGCUCUGCUAAUAACCAGGUGAAUUUGGGUAAUUCAUUGAGUGAGGGCAAAGCAAAAGAAGUUCACUCCGCUGAGAAUGCAAGUCAAGCUGCCACUGGACAGACUGACUCGGGAAGUGCAGUUAAUGCCCAGGAUAAAGAGAGUACGUGAGGUUCCCCUAGUGCUAGGAUAUGGCUGGACUGAACGUUUCCCCUGAAAAUGCUCCAAAGGCCCACUAACGUUUGCCUUCAAAGAAGGGCUUGAUCUUACAUAAGUUAAUGGGAAAGUGACCAGCAAACUGAUGCCCAGACCUGUAGUAGGCUUUCAUAGUUCCCUCUGUUUGAGGCAUGCUUUGAGAUCUGCUUGUGCACUCUUGUGAGCUGAAAAGCAGCCCCGACCAAAUGGAGGGAAACUAGCUUCCCCUGACGCUGAAUGAUUCAACUUCAGUGUCUUUCCAUCACAUUUUUGACAAGAUUUUCUUUUGAAUUGAUUUUUGCCCACUUGUUAAAGCCUAAUUAUCUUAUGCUGUGUGAGUAUGUUACUGCCGAAAGAAGUUCAACAGUGCAAGAUUUCACAAAAUACUGCUUGGAGAAUGUGCCUAAUUCCUGUCUAGUUCUUCCUCGAAGGAGGGGUGCAAAUUGCUAAUCCUUUAUCCAUUAUCGUCAGAGUUCCUGAUGUCACCUCAUCGCCUAGAAAAGUGCAAUGUUAAUGUGAUGCCAUGCCAAGUUACCACGGCGAGGUUGCAUACUUGUGCCAUGUGCAAGAUUGAUUUAACUACAGUUAAUGCUGAAUGUGUCAGCAGCAGAGUAUUCUCAGCACUUUGAAAUGGAUUAUGGAUUAAAUAGCGUUUCCAGAUUUAAUACCACAUGCUGAAAAAUAUACUGAUGUCAGGUAUAGAUACCAAACGCAUCCAGGAAAAGGGGGAUACAUGUAAAUACCUGUUGAGAAGGCCAGCCUUGUGAGGGGAGUAAAAAAGCUGUCAUCUAAUCUACCAUUUUUAAUUUGAGAAGUUCACUUUAGUACUUAUAUAUAAAUUUCCGAAUAUUCCUUUUUUUCUAUUUCCUGAAAUAAUGACUCAAGGCCGUGAGAAGUGGUAGUGAGGUUGAAGAAUUCAGUUUUACAGAUUCUUCCAUGCUAUCCUCGCAUCUGCCAAAUGAAGACAAACUUGGUUUCUAACUAUUGGCUUCAGAUACAUACUGGAAAUGACGAAAGGCGGGUAGUACUGGGAGUACGGGAAUUGAAGAGAGCUCCGAGAUUGAGCAACAUUCGUUACUCUGUGAGACACCGAAAGUCGUUAAGGCCUAAUGAUGCUUCGAUCUUGUGCAUGGUGUAUGCUUCCUCUUUGGCGUCUUAGACAAACAGCGGUAUUAUUGAGCGGUUUGAUAUCACUCUGUUGUAUUGAAUCAAGAACCCAAAUUUGUUUUUAAAGGUGUAAAAAUUAUCCUUUUUAAUUCAAUUUUUAAUAAGUUGACAAAUUGCGUUUCUUACCAUACUUGCUUGGGCAGUGUAAAUGCGAAGAGGAAAAGGCCCUGUGUCUGGGAUAAUUGGUUGGUUGGGGUGGGGGUUUGCAUUCUCGAUUAUGGCUUUUCAGUUAUGUGUCAUCUGUUGAUUACUAAACUGUUCCAAAAAUGGGUACCCCCCCUUUUUAAGUGUAAAUGUAUCUGCUCAAAAUCUUGGCUGACAUCAUUCCUGUGUCUUUUAAAUGCUCCCCCCCCCUUUCGCAAGGCCAUGCUUCAGUCCCCGAUGUACCGGUAACCUGCCAAACUUACUGUUAAAAGUUCUGGGGCCAACCCAAAUCUUUGAACUCAUGGUUGCAGCUGCUUUCAGUACAGAGUGGAACUUGAAUCCCAACCUGUAGUGCAUCACAGACCCUGUGGUGAUGAGUUGGUGUCUUUGGAAGACAUUAAAAUCUUCAGUGGCAAAUUUUAUACGAUAAAAGAAAGUCCUUGGUGUGUUGGCUGUUGAUGUACUUAUGUAGAUUGUUGUUCCAAGUAGUUGCAAAAUGUGUUAACAAUAUGUGUGAUAGCUACUUCAGUUUCUGUCCCUUAAAAUCAAUACAAAAAUGAAAAGGCAAUUACACUAAAUUCGUAUGCACUUGUGUAUUCAUCUUUCGCACAUUGAGCAAAUUCCGAGGAUUUUUUUAAUGUUAUAGUUAGCGCACAGUGUUUUGAAGGCAAAACACUGAUCAACAGUUUUGGGUCGACAGUCAACAUUAACAGCAGAUUUUCGAACAUGCAGUGACGCGUCAAAGAGGGGAAAUAUUGUAGCGCAAACCUUGAUGCGGCUUUUAUUUUUGUUUUGAUUUAAAACUGAUCUGGCAUUGCAGACAUUUAUCUUUUUUUGUUUGAUUAGUGUACAAAUGAGUUCCAACAAGUUGAUUCUGUUCAUUUUUGUUGUGAUUGCGUAUUGUUAAAAAUGUUUUUGAGGAGUUGAAAUUAUUUAGCAAUGGGAAAACUGUAAAAGAAGUUACGUUUGUAUAAAAGUUGAACGGAAAUACUUACGCUGUAAAUACUAAGCUUAAUAAUUGUAGCUUUUUUGAAUCAAUUUGUUGAGCUCAUUUCUAUACAAUUGUUAUCACAAUCUUGGUUAACCAUUUACAGUAGUAAAGCUUAAAAGGUAAGGUUUGUGAAUAUUAACUCGGUCUCAAAUUGAGACUCAGCGGAUGAGCAAGUCGACCAACCAAGAUUGGUCAUCAAAACGUCCGUCAAGGCACCGCCACCAAACGGAAGGAAAGGACAUUACAGCGCACGUCGCAAGUGAUGGUUCAAGGACCUUCAAAUGUGUUGGAACUUUCGGCAAGGCUGGCACGGGUCUCAAAUCGAGAGCCCGUGUUUCACGGGAAGUAUAAAUGGAUUGUGGCUUGUAUGAAAGGGAGGGGAUAUGCAUGCUGUGUUCACUGAACUGUGUAUAUAUACAUGUGUACAUGUAAUGAACGACUUGGUGAAGGACCGGUACAUGUCCUUGAAGCUGGGAAGAAUGACGCCAAAGCGGUAACGCCUCGAGCUUCAAAGUUAUGCAGAAGAUUUCGUGAAUAUGCAUGUAACUGCAAUGUAUACGCGGUGAACCCCGUUGUAUAUAAUCGCUAGUUUGUGUACAUACGCGCACGUACUUGUAAAUAUUGUGCUAUGUGGUGUGUUCUUCAUUUGUUCCAAAAUUGUCCAACACAACUAUUGUGCAGCAUCUUGAGAAAAAAACUAACAUGAUGCUACAUUACAUUACAAAUGAUGAAGAAAUUCCAUGCUCGGAGAAGCUUAUCCAUGUACUUUGUGAAAAAAGCAGCCGAGGCAAAGGAAAUCUACCGCCCUAAACCAAGUCCAUGAUAUUUCCAGAAAAAUUAACUAUCAUAAUUUGUUAAUACUACAGAAACAAAAGUUAGCUUCAUGGAAUCACCUUUUUAAUAGGGAGCGGCUCUUCAAACAACGUUUGAGUGACGCUCUUUAAGUGGUCGCCUUUGUAAGUUAGAAAUUUACCUUUGCUGAUUUGAUGUGAAAUUGAAGCCUUUUAAAAGUUGGAAAAGGAGGCUUCUGUGAAACAAGACUGUGCGUGUUGAACAAAGUUGAAAUUUUAUUAAAAGAAGUACAAAUAGGUUCAGACAGCUCUGUUGCUGGUACCGAAACACAUUACCCAAUGAAUUCAGAAGCAAAACUAGACAUUUAAUCAUGCACAACUGCUGUUUCUUUCCAUUGACGUAAAGCCCUGCAGGUCAUUGGUCAAGUAAAAUGCUUACUGUGUAUUGCGUUGUAGCUAGAACAAUUGUUAUUAAUAUCAAGAGUGGUGAUGUAAUACCCUUAAAGUUUCUAUUUGUUAAGGUGA